AUGGACGGUCUUUCAGGCGCCGCCAGCGGUAUAGCCGUUGUCUCUCUGACUUUUCAGAUUGUGGAAAGCAUCUCCAAAUUGCGUGAAUUCUUUGAGUCCAUCAAAACGGCCCCAGCAGUGGUUGCGACCAUCACGAAGGAUCUUUCGCAGCUUGCCUCAAUCUUAGAAGACAUAAAGGUCGACGGAUCCAUCAAAAACGACGUCUUGGCCACGUGCAUAGAUAAAGUCAAUGAUCUGAACGCUCUCACUAAUGAACUGGAACCUGGAUUUCGAUCUGCAAGUCGGAAAACCCGAAGCUGGACUGCAUUUACAGCGGCACGUAAGAGCAGCGUCAUAAGUAAAUUUCAAGCCACUUUGGGGGAGACGAAGAUUACUUUAGUAUUAGCGCUACAGGCGAGGAAUCUCUUGUUGAGUCGAAGGAAUGCUUCUCACAUGGUAUCUAUAGAACGGCGGAUACGCGAUGACCUGGCUAAAAGCCAACAGCAUAUGCUUGAACUUAUUGAUAAUCACCGAGACAAGCUAUCAGGAGUUGUGCAACAAGUAGCUGACCAACUCGCUGAUUUAUCUGUCAAGCACAGAUCGCGGCUUGUUUCUACUACAUCGCUUUCCUCUAGCCUCUCAGAACAUGCGGCGGAUCUUUCAGAAGAGUUAGCCCGGAUGAUGACCAAAAUACCGAACCCGGUAAUUCGCCGGAGGUUCGAAGCAGCUGCCAAAGCAGCCCUCGAGUCCCACCUGGUCACGAUAAUAGACGAGGAACCUGUAUUACAGCAGGCGGCAUGGUCGCCUCGAAGAGGUGCCUUUUCAGCACCUUCAGAGGUUGCUGGUCAUUCGAGUAUCAAUAACAACACUAGCAACAAAUGGGCUAGGAAAAGAUCUGUGAGCCCAACCGCUAAAGAGUCUAGUCGAUAG